CUAGAGGUGGCUCUUUCUGUCCUCUGCAAAGGUGAAACACUGGGUGCAAAACAGAAAUUCUCCAUGAUGUUUUGGUUGCUUUUAGUACUCACUGUGCUUUGUUACAAUACAUAGGCUUCUGUGUUUGCUGUAUUUUAUUUGUAUUUUCAGUAAAGCAUACUGCAACUUCCGUUUCCCUGUGCCAGAGGGUCAGAGCUUAAAGAAGGGCUCAAAGUUUGUUACUACCUGGGUUAGGGAAAUCUGGUUGCUUGUGUUGCUUGGUUUUAAAAAGAGGGAAAGAGAUCACUUGAUCAGUCAGCAAGACCACAUGACAAGCAGCUGAAUGUAAUUAGGUGGGCAGGGAAGUGGUGCGGGCCACAGCUCUGCAUGCCAGUGCCAGUUUUAGAGCUAUUCUUCUAAGCUACGCUGUUUUGGUUUUAUUUUCUUGGUCUGUUGAUAUUAUUUGCAGAUGAUUAAUGCCUCUUUCUGCAUGACUAUGGUAUUCAAGAGAUCUGGGCUGGAUCAGGAAGCUCUGUGCUGAGGUACCCCUGGAGAGCUACAGGUCCACUUGCAGCUGUUAAGCAUAGGUGUCUCCUGAAUUCUCACUAUGUCUGAUGGGGACUAUGAUUACCUCAUAAAAUUCCUAGCACUCGGUGACUCUGGAGUAGGAAAGACCAGCCUUCUUUACCAGUAUACAGAUGGCAAAUUUAAUUCCAAGUUUAUCACAACCGUGGGCAUUGACUUCCGGGAAAAGAGAGUGGUAUACAGACCCAAUGGGCCAGAUGGCGUUGGUGGCAGAGGGCAGAGGAUACAUCUUCAGCUCUGGGAUACUGCAGGGCAGGAAAGGUUUCGUAGCUUAACAACUGCUUUCUUCAGAGAUGCCAUGGGGUUUCUUCUACUCUUUGAUCUGACAAAUGAGCAAAGCUUCCUUAAUGUCAGGAACUGGAUAAGUCAGCUACAAAUGCAUGCGUAUUGUGAAAACCCUGACAUUGUAUUAUGUGGAAACAAAAGUGAUCUGGAAGACCAACGAAUGGUGAAAGAAGAAGAGGCUAAGGAACUUGCAGAAAAAUAUGGGAUACCAUAUUUUGAAACCAGUGCAGCUAAUGGGAAUAAUGUAAGCAAAGCCAUUGAUACACUGCUUGACCUCAUCAUGAAGCGCAUGGAGCGAUGUGUGGAUAAAUCCUGGAUCCCAGAAGGGGUAGUGCGUUCCAAUGGGCACAGUUCUACAGAACAAUUGAGUGAGGAGCAAGAAAAAGGCAAAUGUGGCUGUUGACUCAGCUACAAUUAAAUUUAAUGUACAUGCUAAAUUAUAGUACAGUUGCAGCUUAACUGUUUAACUUAUAGACAAAUCACAUCUCAUAGUUAUGUAAUGAGCAUUAUUAACUUUUGAUAAUAAUUUUUGUGCUUUUCUCUCAAACAACAUUGACUUUUGUUUGCAAGGUGUGCAGUUCAUUAGUGAUGGGACAAGUUCAUCAGUUUGAUGUAGUACUGCAUAUUCCCUAAAUUCUCUACUUUGGAAGGAAGGGGAGGACUUUUAAUUAAGAAGUGUAAAAGCAUCUUUAUGUAUGGGCAGUAAGAAAAGGUAGGUUUCUGAAAUAAGGAUUUUCAUUUGCUCCUUGAAGGCUCCAUUAACUCCAAAGACAAAACAUUUAGAUUAGAUAUUGUGACUACUCUUAGUGUCUGCAGACUAGCAAGCUUACCAACAUGGUUCUUGAGUCUGUUUUAACAGAAACAUUUAAUUAUUUCAUCAAUCAAUGACAAUCAUAGCGAGCAAAUCUUGUCUUUUUUGCAAAAGCCUGUAAGUAACUUUGCAUUUUUUUCUCAAACCAUCAGUAUUUAGUGAUAAAAGCCAAAAGAAAGAUAUUUUACAUAGAAUGAAAAACUUCUUAGAGAAGCACAGGGAUGCAUAUGUAGAGCACUUUUUGUAGGUCACGAAUGUGAAUGUUUAAACUACAACUGUACUAUAUAAAAUAUAGUCAACAGAGCCUGCGAGACCUCCUGCCAUCAUUUGAAUUUCUAGAACAUAUGUAUACAUAUAUUGAUAUGUCAGUGGUGUAAGUGUAUAUCUGUUAUGUUCUUUGCUAUUGUUUUAACAGGAGUAGGGUAAUGUAGAUGUCAGCAAAAUUUCAUCUGAAAUAGUGCUUUGUACUGAGGUUUUUUUUGUUUUUGUUUUUAAACCAAACACUGAUUUGGAAUGUUUCUUCAAAUAUGGAUUGAGAAACGAAUAGUGAUUGAUUGUUUUCUGGUGAAAGAGAUACCAGUUCUAUCUAAAUCAGUAUUUCUAUAAAUUUAUAAUGCUUAUUUUCUGCUGCCAACCUUUGUGUCCUGUACAUCUUGGUUAUCAUAUAUUCACUUAUGGCUUGUUAAUUUCCUUAAAAAUGAAUAGAGUUACUCCUCCUCCCCCCUCUCCCUUACAGAUCACAUGAAUGUCAAUUCUGGUUUUGGUGGAUCAUGUUAUUCUUCAAUCGUUCUUAUUUAUUCUUAUGACAACCUGAAGAACAAUCAGUAUUUUGUUGGUGUUUUUUUCUUUUUUCCAGACAGAUUUAUAAGAUGUGCCUACCAACUUGUUUUCUACCCUGGCAGAUGUUGUAUAAAUCAAAAGUAUUGCCAAUUAAAGUCAACACACCAAACUGA